AUGCUAAAAAUUCUUAUUCCAACCCUUAUGCUCGUCCCCACUGCUUGGGCCGCCCCCGCUAAGUGACUCUGGCCAACAACCCUUGCUCAUAGUCUAAUUAUUGCACUAGCAAGCUUGACUUGGUUAAAGAACACAUCCGAAACUGGCUGGACAAGUUUAGGCCUCUACAUGGCAACAGACCCCCUCUCUACGCCCCUUCUUGUUCUGACUUGCUGGCUUUUGCCACUCAUAAUCCUUGCAAGCCAAAACCACACAGCUUCAGAGCCCCUAAACCGCCAACGAAUAUAUAUUACACUUAUAACCUCUCUUCAGUUUUUCCUUAUUUUAGCCUUCAGUGCUACCGAAGUAAUCAUAUUUUACAUCAUAUUUGAAGCCACCCUGAUCCCCACCCUAAUUAUUAUUACCCGCUGAGGUAACCAGGCAGAGCGGCUCAGCGCAGGCGUAUAUUUUCUCUUUUAUACCUUAGCAGGAUCACUCCCUUUACUGGUUGCCCUUCUUAUUCUACAGAAUAACACCGGUACCCUUUCAUUACUUACCCUUCAAUUCUCAGACCCCUUUCAACUUACCUCCUUAGCAGAUAAGCUCUGGUGAGCCGGGUGUCUUCUAGCCUUCCUAGUAAAGAUGCCUCUAUACGGGGUACACCUCUGACUGCCCAAGGCCCACGUGGAAGCGCCCGUUGCAGGUUCAAUAAUCCUUGCAGCGGUUCUUCUUAAACUAGGGGGUUACGGGAUAAUACGGGUUGUUGCUAUACUCGAGCCCCUAACUAAAGACCUUAGCUACCCAUUUAUUAUUUUCGCAUUGUGAGGGGUAAUUAUGACGGGGUCCAUUUGCUUACGUCAAACAGACCUAAAAUCCCUUAUUGCCUAUUCCUCCGUUAGUCACAUGGGCUUGGUCGUCGGGGGAAUUCUUAUUCAGACCCCCUGAGGAUUCUCGGGAGCUCUUAUUCUAAUAAUUGCUCACGGAUUGACCUCUUCUGCCCUUUUCUGCCUGGCUAAUACUAACUACGAGCGCACCCACAGCCGAACCAUACUCUUGGCUCGAGGCCUGCAGGUAGUCUUACCCCUAAUGACAGCCUGAUGAUUUAUCGCCAGCUUGGCCAACCUAGCCCUUCCUCCACUACCCAACCUAAUGGGGGAGCUGAUAAUUGUCACCUCUUUAUUCAACUGGUCUUGAUGAACCCUUGCAUUAACAGGAGCAGGUAUACUUAUUACCGCAAGCUACUCCCUCUAUAUGUUUCUCAUAACCCAACGAGGGCCCAUCCCUUCCCAUCUUGUUGCCUUAGACCCAUCCCACUCUCGAGAGCAUUUGCUCAUAGCCCUCCACCUAUUACCGCUGGUUCUCCUCGUGCUUAAGCCGGAACUAAUCUGAGGGUGAGCAUACU